AUGUCGAGUUCAGACAAAGAAUUAGCACGAUUAAUUGAAACAGGAGAUAUAGCAGAAAAAUUUUUAACAAUUGUAUCUAAUGUAGUGAAUAUCAUUGAAGUAAUCAUAGUGUUAUAUAAGUCAACAGAAUAUAACGAGCAUAUUAGUAGUGCGAUAAUUCGUAGAAUCACAGAGGUUAUAACAGUUAUUCGUUCAUUAAAAAGAUGUAAUGAUGAAUAUAAAAAUUGGAAAAGUAAUGAAGAGAUAUUAAAGAAAUUUGAUGAAUCGGAUAUAAAAAUGAAAACUUCCAUUAACGAAUAUGCACUAUUAAAAGUUGAUCCCGAAGCAAAUGACAAAAUUACAUCAUUAAAUAAUAAAAAUUUUGGAAAAGUAACAAUAGCUUCAAUUAAUGAAAACAUUGUUACUAUCCAUAAUGAUAUAAUAGCUAUAGAACGAGGAUCAACCUUUAAAGAAUUCAUAUCUGUCAUUGCAUUUAAUGAUACUGAUGUAAUAAUGUAA